ACGGAUGGCGACGAAUUAGUCUUAUCAUUCUUAUUAUGUGCGGUGCCAUUUGGUAGACUGUGUAACUAGAAACUGAACGAGUCCAGUUCGGUGUCAGAUGUGCUAUCUGUACUGAACAUCUGCACAUCACUUAUUGCACUGGAGCUGUAUAAAUAUGCCUUAAGAAAUCUUUCAAAUCGUUUACGUACAUAAAUAUUUUACCCAACUUCAAAAACCGCUUUGUCGGUUGGAUUGAUGCGAAGGCGAAUAAACGUUUGUUGCAAACCCGCUGUAUGCGGCAUCUUAUAAUCAAAUUGGCUUCUCGACGCUGUACGUAUGCACAGGCAAUAAGGUUGGCUUUUGUAUUCAUAUGUACGGUUUCAUUUCAAAUCGUUCGCUCAGAUGGUUUAUAUGUUCAGAUGCCGCGCUUUUGGACUGAUUUUUUAAGCUUCUGGUUUUUAUUCCAUAGUGUUUCCGUUAAUUCUACCUCUCGUGCCGGUUUUGUCGCGUCGAGGACACCGCAACGUCGACCCCGAAGGAUUAAUACGUUGUGCCGUUCAGAACUGUCGUGAAAAUCGCCCAUACUCGUCCCACUGCAGUCUUUGCGUGUUUACAUGAUACGUCCAACACCAUAACUUGCGUGAAUUAUUAUUGACAGCCAAAUACACCGAUUGCGAUCGUUGUUUAAUGGGUAUAUGCUUCACUCAGCCGAAGGUGUUGUGUGAUGGUUUUAUUACCGUAAUAUAUACAAGACUGCGCAGGUAAAUGUGUUCUUGCUACGAAAGCAAAGAACCAACUUUUAAUAUUGACACCGUAUUUUUCGGAAACCGCGCGUUGUAGCAGUGCGCACACACCAGUUCAUCGCCGAGAAACCUGUGGUGCGGAUUAUGUCGGUGUUUUUCUCGUUAUCAUGAGAUUGCUUUAUCAGUGCACCAUAUCGGCCGAUCACCACUCAAUCCCAUGGUCACAUCCUAACCGAGAAAUGCGACCACUGGGUUGCCAGAAUGACCACUUGCUGAGUCAGUUCAUACGCUCAAUGCCGUACUCAUUGAGAUGUGGACGCUUGUAAAAUUAAUCAUCCUGCUGUCUGCACAACAAUACCGGAAAUGGUUGCUGGUGUUUACUCUCAUAUUGAUCUCUCUCCGCCCCGCUGCUGUGGCUGCUGUUCAGCAAAAAACCAAACCCUUCAACCUGACACUGGGCUAUCUGACGGCCAUACAGGGCAGUGAUACGGCGGCGGCCUUCCGGCAAGGCGUCGUCAUCAGCGGCGCGAUCUCCUACGCCAUUGAUCAGAUUAACAAUCGCACGGACUUAUUACCUUAUCAUCAUCUGAAUCUAAUCUGGAAUGAUACCGAAACCGAUCCGUCCAUCGGGACCAAAGUGCUCACAUCGCUGUGGAAGCAGGGCGCUGUGGCAUUCUUCGGGCCGGAAGAUACGUGCGAGAAGGAAGCGUUUAUUGCCGCCGCAUGGAAUCUGCCCAUGAUUAGCUAUAAAUGCUCAGACCAAGCAGUGUCGAACCGGAAAAUUUACAAGACAUUUGCGCGACUGCAGCCGCCUGAUAUCCAAGUGACAAAAUCAAUUAUCGCAUUGCUCAAGCAUUUCGAUUGGCAAAAAUUUUCCAUAGUUUAUGGCAGCACUCAUGCGUGGCAAGCCAUUGCCAAAAACCUCAAAGAACAAGCUGCCCUUUAUAAUAUGACUGUGAAUUCAGAAAGUGAAUUUAAGGAACCGUAUCAACCAGAUUUCGAAGAAUCUCAUUUUCCAGAAAUCAUCGACAGCACCCACAAGAAAACACGGAUUUACAUCUUCUUGGGAGAACUGAAAAGUUUGAUCGAUAUGAUGCUGCAAAUGAAUCACAAAAAGCUACUGGAAGGUGGCGAAUAUAUUGUCAUCUACUUCGAUCGCCAACAAUACAAGCCGGAAGAUCCAACGUUUUAUUUUCGAAGUUCAUUGAUUCAUAUGGAAGACAAUAUACCGGAUAAUUUCGAGGUUAUUGAAGCAAUGCAGAGUUUAUUAAUUAUCACCAGCACACAUCCGACGAAUCCAGAAUAUGAACAUUUUAAAAAGCAUGUGAAUGAAUACAACGAGAAGCCACCUUUUCUGUUUCCCAAUCCCUUCAACUUUCAAAAGCCUGUUACAGAAUUUGCCGCAAAUUUGUAUGAUUCAGUGUUUUUAUACGCUCGCGCCUUGGAUGGAAUUAUCAGGACGCAACUUGAAAACGAGACAAUUACAGCCACCCUGAGUGAGGAUGAAUUGGGAAAUUACCUGAACAGAUAUGUAACGGAUGGGGAAUUAAUAAUUGACUAUAUUUGCGGAAAGAAAUAUAAAAGCAUACAGGGAACGAUGCUGUUUAUUGACAACGACUGCGAUGCUGAAGGAAACUAUACUCUUCUUGGGCGACAAAGAGAGAUAUCCACCAAAGCAAACUUCUCUAUGAACCCUAUCGGGCAGUUUCAGCUAGGAAAUUCUACUACGCAACUCCCAUCGUUGCGGCUGCUGGCAAACACGGAAAUUGAUUGGGUAAAAACGCAACCGCAAGAUGAGCCGGAUUGUGGGUAUUCUCAUGAUAAAUGCGAUCAAGGACCGGAUAACACUCCACAUAUUGUGGGUGGUGUGGUGGGAGGUAUUGUUGGACUUAUCAUACUCUUUGGAAUAUUCGUUUAUCGGGAUUGGCGUUAUGAGCAAGAAAUUGCUGGACUUGUAUGGAAAAUUGAUCUCGAGGAUAUCAGUUUUGAUGAAUACGAAAGCGCAUCCGGUAGCAUGUUUGAGAUCAGCGCCGAAGACGGUGCUGAUGAAAGGAAAGAAGAACUGUUUGCGCAGACCGGUACAUACAAGGGUCGCAUUGUCAGGAUUAAAAGGCUAUGUUUUCCCACAAAGAAAAAUCUGGAAGUCUCCAGGGAAAUGCGGAAGGAAAUGAAAAUUAUGCGAGAACUGCGGCAUGACAACAUUAACCCUUUCCUUGGGGCAUGUGUUCAGCACAAUGCGAUCUACUUGGUGAUGGAGUAUUGUACAAAAGGCAGUUUGUGUGAUGUUCUCGAGGAGCCGACAAUCAAACUGGAUCAUACUUUCGUGGCGUCCCUCGUUUUUGAUUUAAUCAAAGGCAUGGCCUAUCUGCACCAGUCCGAGCUGAAAAUGCACGGCAACCUGAAAAGCCCCAAUUGCGUUAUCACUAGCCGGUGGGUGCUGCAGAUCACGGACUUUGGUCUGCGGCCGCUGCGCUGUCUGGCGUCGAAAGAGUUUAGCAGUGACGAUGACCUUUACCGUGACUACCUCUGGACCGCACCGGAGCUGCUGCGAGUGGAACCGGAAAUUGGCGCCACACAAAAGGGCGACGUGUAUGCUUUUAGCAUUAUUCUCCAUGAGUUUCUGACAAGAUUGGGCCCGUGGGGCAAUUCGGAGAUGCCGGCCAAGGAGAUAGUUUUGCGCAUCAAACAAGGCGAAGUUGUACGGCCGUCGUUCGAGGAUUUGGAAGCGCAGGAUUAUGUUGUGGAAUGUAUGCAGCAGUGCUGGAGCGAAGAUCCAGCGCAGCGGCCUACGUUUACGGAUAUUAAGGAUAAAUUGAAACGCAUGCGAGAAGGGAUGGUGAAGACGAAUAUUAUGGAUAAUAUGGUAUUUCUUUUGGAACGAUACGCUAAUAAUCUCGAGCAGCUGGUUACGGAGCGAACGGCAGAACUGCAAAUGGAAAAGAAGAAAACGGAGAAUUUGCUUCACCGUAUGUUGCCAAAGAGUGUGGCGGAACAAUUGAUCCGUGGAUGUGCCGUAGAACCGGAAACGUACGAGCAAGUGACCAUAUUCUUUAGCGAUAUUGUGGGCUUCACGUCAUUGUGCGCGGAAAGUACUCCUUUGGAAGUUGUGACAUUCCUAAAUGAUCUCUACACCAUGUUUGACCACAUUAUAAGCCAUUACGAUGUGUACAAAGUGGAAACUAUCGGCGAUGCCUAUAUGGUUGCGAGUGGGCUCCCGAUUCGGAAUGGUGAUCUUCAUGCUGAACAGAUUGCCACGAUGGCACUGCAUCUUUUGAAGGAGUGCGCAAACUUUCGCAUCCGACAUAAGCCGGAAAAGGCCCUGCUAGUGAGGAUCGGUAUCCACAGUGGUCCGGUUGUUGCUGGUGUUGUCGGACAAGCCAUGCCUCGAUACUGCUUGUUUGGAGACACUGUGAAUACCGCUUCUCGGAUGGAAUCUACCGGGGAAGCCAACAAAAUCCACUGCAGUCCGCAUUGUAAGGAAAUACUGGACCGGUUAGGUUCCUACGAACUGGUCAAGCGGGGCACUGUGCACCUAAAAGGCAAAGGCGACGUCCUAACCUAUUGGCUAGAGGACAAGGCCACCUUGAUGGACGAAAUCACACCUCUGCCGCCCCUUCCCGUGCGCUCCGAAUCUCCUCGCCGGGCGCAACUCCCUGUGCCCUCCCCGCAUACUUCCGUGCCGCGCUUGUCCCUUACGCCCAGUGCAUCCAUUAAUCUGGUGCCGGAAGAGCGACCGCAUGUGGCGUCGCGGCGUCCCAGUAUUGUUAAUUUCGUACGGCAAAAGCUGCGGCAUCACGGCAGCCUGAUGGGAAAUAAAGCCCAUGAUUCCGAGCACGGUCACCCGCGACUAUUCAGUCGCCGAGGAAGCGGUUCCAUGUGGUCUUCACGGGAGAAGCCGUCGAUUGUGCUGCCGAAAAUCAUUGAUGAAUGUGCCAAACCGUUGUUGCAUGAUUAUACCGUUAACGGACUGCCGGGAUCAUACGUUAGUAAAGUGCGCAAUGGUGCCGUCCGGUUGAGCCGGUCCACGCCGCCAUCGCGGGAAAACCUUAAUGGUAAUUUCAUGGAAAUGAGCCCGGUCAACCGAACGGGUUCACCGGAACCGCGGUUGUUGUCAGCGCCACACAGCAAGCUGGCGGAGAGCCGGUCGGUACAGAAUAUUCCUCGGUGUACUUCCUUUAGAAGCCAAUCUCCCAACACUCUGGUCGCGUAUACGCCCGGACUUUCCCAGACCGUUACGUGAUGUUGCCACUCAGAUUAAUGCAACAAUUGAUACGUGAUAACAGAAUCUUUAGCAUACUGGCUGCCCUUUUUGGUGGCAGUAAUUGUUGACGACAACCGGUGAAUUGCCAUGACAUGUUAAUACAUUUCACUUUACACACAUAUGUUAUUUUGAUUUUUGGUUUGAUCUAUUUUUGAGUGCUCACUGAAAGAUUAUAAUUAUACUAUAAUGAGAAAAUACUCCAAAAAAUCUCUUGGUAUAUUUAUUUUUGUUACAGAAAUCUCUUCGUGAAGUAAACUACAUCACAAAAUUGCCGCGAUGUUAAAAAUAU